AGCGCAUGGCGCCCUUUGCGGCAUACCGUUCAAGAGUGGCCACUUGCUCUCUGCGAGUCGAGUUUGAUGGAGUGUGUGUGUUGGGGUGCUCUUUCCUUACAUUUGAUGUCGCAACAAGACCUUGUGGAAUGUGACCACGUUCGGCGGAGGUUCAAAUGGUGCGCUUUUUACGCGUACUACAACCCUGAUCAUAAAUGGCACUAUCUGUCAAGGCAGAAACCGGAAGAGGUUAUGUUUUUGAAGAUCUUUGACUCGGAUCCCUUAGUUAGAGCUACGAAUUGUUCUCAUACAUCUUUCCAACACCUAAAUAGCCCUAAGGACUGUCCCCUCGCGAGAGUAUCGAGGUCCGCGCACUAAUAUUUAACUACCCGACUGAUAAAUAACUGCUGGGCACAAUGAAUAAGCCAAAUUAGUGCAAGUGUAGCCCAUAAUUCGGGGUUGUGUUACGAUCCCGGCUCAAGUCUGCAGGAGGCGCUGGAAGCCGAUUGCUGAUUGGGCAGCACUGGCAGGCGGGACGGGCCCCACAUGAGCUCGGUGCGGCCAACCAGGCGGCGCUCAGUGCGUUCGGCCGCCAAGAUUGGGAAGACCCACUGAGCAGGAAGAACAGCCAAUUAGGAAAGUGCUCAGUUACCAUUGAGAGCUCAGUCGUCCUGGAAGACUGAGCGCUCCGG